AUUCAUUAACUGGAUUAAAAAGUGGAAACAACAAAUUAAAAUAUCACUGGGUUAGUUUGUUAGUCAUAUUUUGAACUAUUAAAAGAAAUUAGAGAAACAUGCAUAAUAUUGAGUACGUUAAGUCGGAGAAGUUUUGGCGUGCACCAGAGCUUGAUGUCAAAAGUGCGGGGCUUGGAGAAGCUAUUUUGGAAAACCUCAAGCACAGUGACCCGGAGAAGGUGUUCGAAGUGCUUCACGACAGCGGCACACAUGUGACGGUAAGGGAACUUCGGCAUCAGGUUAUUACUGCUGCACAGAACCUCUCGAAUUCGGGUGUGAAAAAGAACGAUACCGUUGUGUUCUUCUCGUUGUUGAACUUGAAAAUUACACCACUAACGUUUGCUUGUUACACAAUUGGAGCACCCGUGUGCUUUUUUGAGACAUAUCUUGAAGAAGAACCAACACCUCGUUACUUAGAAAUGCUCGAUCCGACUGUGAUAUUGUACGAAGAGAGAUUCAAAUCCAUGGUUUUUAAAGCUUUGGAGAAGCUUAAUCUAUCGAACUUGAAACAUGUUCUCAGCUUGGAUGGUGCACAAAAGUCUGUCGAUGAUCUGCUCUUUAGACCAGCUGUUGACAUUGAGAGCUUCCGAGCCCCUGAUAUUGGAGAUCCAGAGGUGCUUCCAGCAAUCUUGGGUUUUACAUCCGGUUCGACUGGAAUGCCCAAAAUUGUCAUCCAUUCCCAUGCCUUGAUGAGACAAGGUGUCUACAGUCGUUGGCAGGCAAAGCCAGGAAGUGUAGUAAUGAUACUAAGCGAAAUCCGUUGGUUAUGUCAGGUAUCGAUCAUGAUGCAACCGGCUUUUCUCGAUGUCAAGCGAGUGUACAGCUCAACUCCUCCAAUGGAGCUGACUGGAGAAUUUGUCAAGGAAAUUAUUGAUACCCACAAAGUCACGCACUACUUUGAGGUUCCCAAAUUUUAUAUAACCGUGUUGGAGGCUGCCGAUCGUUCUGGUGACCCAUCGAGCUUGAGUUCGUUGCAGUUGGCUCUGCUCGGUGGUGAAAGUGUCGGUGAAGCAUAUGAAGCUUAUUUGGCAAAAAUAACCCCACAGUGCAAGAUCGGAAGGUGCUAUGGAAUGACCGAAAUGGCUGGAGCAAUAGCUUCAUCAGAAUUGGCUAACAGAAGAAAUGUGAAUGGGGGAGUUCUGAGGAAAGGCUGUAUGGUGAAAAUAAUCGACAAGAACAAACACUCUCUCGGACCAAAUGAAAUUGGACGAGUUUGUUUGAAAACCUCGGCCCCGUUUUCGGGAUAUUUGAAAAAUAAAAUCGCAAACGACGAAACAUACAUUGAGGGAGGUUGGCUGAAUACCGGAGACUUGGGAAUGGUGGAUUCAGAUAAUUUGCUGCAUAUUUUUACGAGAGAAAAGUACGUCUUACGAUAUGCUGAUGGAAAGAUUCUUAUGCCAAAUGUUGUUGAAAAUAUCGUAAAUAAGUUUGAGGGAGUACACUCGUCAGCCCUGGUAGGAAAGCCAAGCGAAGAAAAUCCUAAACAAGACUUCGGAACUAUAUUUGUGGUUCUCAAAAAUAAUACUCAUUCAAUUUAUGCUGAAAAUAACUUAAAAGAUUAUCUUAGAAAAGAAUUAACCGAUGAGCAGUUGCAGAUAGUAAAGUAUUUUAAGGUUCUAGAAGAUUUGCCAAAGACAACUUGUUUUAAAGCUGAUAGAGUAGCCUUGAAGGGAAUGUUUGAUGGUGGUUAUAGAAUAUUGUAAGUUUUGUGAUGUAAUUAUGAAGUAUUUAAAAAAAUGUAUUUUUAAGAAUAAACUAUUUUAAUAAUCAAAUAAAACAAAAAUCCAA